UCGGGUGCAAAGUUUGCUCGCCCGGCGCCUGCGGAGGGAGCGGCGGCGGCGCGGGGGGAGCGGAGCGGAGCGGCCGCCCGAGCGCUCGGGUCUCCGACCGCUCUCCGCGCUCCUCGCGCCCCCGCCGGGGCGGCCGCGAUGUGCCGGGGGAUGGCGGCGCAGGGUCCGGACGGGCCGCGGUGCUGGCAGAACCGGCGGGCGCGGCUGCUGUGCAUGCUGGCGCUCACCUUCCUGUUCUUCGUGGUGGAGGUGGCGGUGAGCCGCGUCACGUCGUCGCUGGCCAUGCUCUCCGACUCCUUCCACAUGCUCUCCGACGUGAUGGCCCUGGUCGUGGCGCUGGUGGCCGUGCGCUUCGCCCAGCGCACCCGCGCCACCAAGAAGAACACGUUCGGGUGGGUGCGGGCCGAGGUGAUGGGCGCCCUCGUCAACGCCGUGUUCCUCACCGCCCUCUGCUUCACCAUCCUGCUGGAGGCCAUCGAGCGCUUCACGGAGCCCCACGAGAUCCAGCAGCCGCUGGUGGUCAUCGCCGUGGGGGUGGCGGGGCUCAUCAUCAACCUGCUGGGGCUCUGCCUCUUCAACCACCACGGCGUCGGGGGCCACGGGCACGCCCACGGCCACGGGCACUCGCACGGCGGCCGGCAGCAGCACCCCCGCGGCGGCCCCAAGCCCGAGCAGCCGCCUGGGGACGGGGAGGCUGCGCUGCACCGCGAGGAGACCAGCACCUUGGUGGAGAACUGCAGCAGCUCCAACGGAGUCAGCCAGGAGAAGCUGGGUGAUAUGAAAGAUGACAUGAGUGAUGUACAAGUGAAUGGGAAUGCUGGCCAUUAUCCUCUGGAUGAAGAGGAAGUUGAAGAAGACUCUAGUGCACAACUUAACAUGCGUGGAGUUUUUCUGCAUGUUUUUGGAGAUGCCUUAGGUUCAGUAAUUGUGGUAGUGAAUGCCUUGCUCUUUUAUGGCUUGUGGAAUCCAUGCCCUGAAGAUGCGCCUUGCUUUAAUCCAUGUGUCAAUAAUCAUUGCAUGGAAAAUGCUACUUUAUCCCAAGCACUUGGCAGAGCUAACAAGUCUGAGCAAGAGAGCAUUAUGGUGGCUGGUCCUUGCUGGUUGCUGUAUUUAGAUCCUGUCCUCUGUUUGAUUAUGGUCUGUAUACUCCUUUACACAACUUACCCAUUACUUAGGGAGUCAGCCCUCAUCCUUCUCCAGACUGUUCCCAAACAAAUAGACGUCCAUUCUUUGAACUCAAAGUUACGUACCCUCGAAGGAGUCGAAGCAAUCCAUGAAUUACACAUUUGGCAGCUAGCAGGCAGUAGGAUCAUUGGCACUGCUCACAUCAAGUGUCCUGACCCUUCCACGUACAUGAUGGUGGCCAAGCGUAUCAAAGAGAUCUUUCACGACGAAGGGAUUCACGCGACUACCAUUCAGCCCGAGUUUGCCAGCGUUGGCUCCGAGUCAGGGAGAGGGAAAUGCGAGUUUCCUUGCAGGACUCAGUGUGCUUUGAAGCAGUGUUGCAGAGCGGGAGAAGAUAGUUCUGCAAAGAAGACAGAAAAAUCCUCGUCACUUAGUAUUUCUUGUUCAGAAGUUGUCAUCGAAUUUCCGAAAACGAGGAGGACUAAGUCAGAGAGCAUCCCUUCAGUGAAGCUGGAGGCAAACACCGAUCAAAACGAGCAGUUUGAGUCGUCUUUGUAACUCCCUGAAGGGUGCUGCCUGAGUUGUGGAGACUUUGUCAACAGCUGUGUUGCAAGAGGAAGAGACAGACGUUUGAGAUGCAAUUUUGCCAAAUAGUGUAAUUGCUGAAGUCCUUGUUCUUGUCAUAUUGCUAAAUAUAGAAUGCUUGUUUUAAAGAAUAUAAUGUCACUGUCAUGAUACAAUGUGUUUGUGUUGGCUUUGUUUGACUGAGACAGACAGAAAGUGCACCUAUGCUAUAACACUUCAGAAAACCAGUUUCAACAUUUCAGCAGACACUUUUUGCUGUGCUUCAAAUUAAGAUACUUUUUUCCAGUGAAAAGGUAUUUGAGGGAUAAGCAUGUAAGAACUCAAUUUGUGUUACAGAUUUCUUGGACCUACUUUUUCCUUUUAUAUUUGAUUUGUAGAUAUCUUAAUAUAUUGUUUAUUUAGAAGCCCUAAAAAACCAAAGUUCAUAGAACAUUUUUAAAGAUAUAGCUACUAAAAACUGGAAACCACUUUGCAGUUUCACAUAUUUUUCUUAAAGCUAUGUAAUAACAAUAAAAAAUGUGAAGGCUUUUCUAAUUAAUUUAUCGCACAGCAUAAUUUAAAGACAGCAUCAUGUGAUUGUCAGAAAUUUUCGUGUCUUCUUCUGGUAAGGUAGCAAGGUAAUUGAAAACAACAGAUGUGAAAGGGUUUUUUUUUCUGUCAGAAUGGCAGUUCAAGCUACUGUAUACUGCUCUGUGAUCAAGACAUGAAGGUGGUCGAUAAAGUAACACAGACUUUUACAUUUUAUGGAUUUUCUGCUGUUUUCUGUUACUUUCAAGUUGUGUCUGGUCAUGAAAGUCUUCAAGGUUUAAAGAACCCUUGACUCAACAGUGCUAUAAAUAAAUAUUUAGCUGAUACUGAGUUUAUUAAGAUAAAAUAAUUAGUUCUGUCUAUAAGUGCUCUGUUGGGGAAGGUCUGCCAAGCACCAACAGUGUAACUCCUGCUUCCAAGCACAGACAGCAGCUCCCCAACAAGUAAUGGUGCAUUUUGCUUCUAGCUGAGUGUGUCUGUAAACACUUGCAGUGACUUCAGUCCUGGUCCCCCACCGUGUCCUCAGGAGCCCUCCACUGACUUUUGAGGAAGUGGUGCAAGGAGUAAGAUUUCAUUCACUGCAUUUCACACUUUGAGAUGUUUAUGUAUCACAUAGUUUCACUUAGUAUCUGAAUCUGUGGUUUAAAAUCUGGACUCAGUUAAUUGAAAACUGGCUCUAAAGAAGCUGUUACAGUGUGCUGCCACUUAGGAAAGGAGAAACCGCUCUGUGGACUCUGUGAAUUUGGCAGAGAUGAGAUGAGAGUUGAAAGAUAAAACAUACAAGAAAUCUAGUCUAAAACCCUGGCCCUUUUGAUCCACUCUCAUGUUAUGUAUGGGAACUAAUGUCUUGUGAUUAACGGAUUGCUCCUGUGUGCAAAACUGGAAAACAACUCAGAUCUUCCGUUCUUUGCUCUAUGACUCUGGACAUGAUAAACACUUUGCCUCAGUUUCCCUAUCUUCAAAUGGGGAUAAUACCUACCUCACAGGGGUGUUGUGAGGCUUAACUGUUGUGUGAAGAGCUUUGAGAUCUGUUACUGGAAGGCACUGGAAAGAGGAUAAGAUAUUAGAUUACCUGGCAUUUACUACUUCUACAAAUGUAUUGCAAUACCUAGGCACAACCAUAGGGAACUGAGGAUAGUUUUGGCCUUAUGAAAUUCUUCGAUGCUGUGGUUUUCAGGUUUUUAACAGUAUUUAAAUAUAGAUUUUUUUUUAAAAAAAGAAUGUUUUGUUAGUGAAGGGAAUGUAGCUUUGCCUCCAGAUACAGAACACGUCCCUAGUUUGCAUUUCUAAUUUGUGUCUUGCAUCAUAAUUGCUCCUAAAUAGUACAAAAAUAGUCCUGCUGCUCAUCAGACCUGUAUUGGCCCAAGCCAUGUCAGUGGUCUUACCCAAGCUCUCAGCAGAGCAUAGCAGUCAACUCUCGAUUAUCCAUGGGUGGAAUCCCAGUGUUGUGCAUUAACUGUGCGGUCUGCAGAGCCAAGACCAGCCCUGUCUCACGGCACACCCGGGCCAAGCGCUGUGUGCCGAAGCAGGGGAAGGUGGAAGUGCUGCCCCGCUCGCAGGGACCCCAUCACCGCCUGCACUGCCGGGCUGCAGCACAGCACUGCCGGGGCUGCUGCCCCUUGGCUGCUCAGAUGCAUCCGCGGGAAGCUGGGGGCUGUGCAUGGGUGAGCUUGGCUUUGUGCUGGCUUGGGAUGUUGGUGCUUCACAGCCACCAGCAUUGCUCACCUUUUUCUGUGUUUAUGCUUGUUGUAUAGUCUCAUAAACUAACUUAAAUGUGUUAAUAUAGUAUUUAUAUAUGUUUUUGUUUUUUCUGAAUUAUCUUAACUCUUUUUUUCUGUUACCUGUAUAUGAUCUAGAGUUGACUGUUAAAUGAGAUCUUGUAUGAGACUACAUUUGCCGAGUAUGCUACCACUGCUAUUAUAUUAGAGAGUAUUAACCAAGUAAAUUUUGAAAUGAACAAAGUACUAUUUUUUUUAAAUGUGUAUCCUUGCUUUCUAUGGUAAACUUUCACUAAUUAUUUUCAUCACUAGUUUAAAAUUCAUCUCGGUCAUUAGUAUGAAUUGUUGAGGUUCUGCUGUAUAUCACUAAUGCACCAUAGAACUGUUCUUUAGUUUAUUUUAAAAAAUACCAACAAAUCAAACCAUGGUAGCACUGAGAAGUCUGAUUGACUUCUCUCCUGUUGCUCUUAUAAAAAGAGGGCAACUAGUAAGUCAUAACACUUACCAUCAUUGGUUAGUAGUCUCAGUAAAUGCAUCUGAAUAGAGGGAGUUGUAGUCACUAAUUCCACUCUAAACGAUUAAUUUUUUUUGUGCUAGAAGUCAUAUUUUUCUAUUUCUGUGUCCAUUGCAGGCAAUGGCUAGCUAAAAUGACAAAAAAGCUCUCCCCCUCAUUAUUUUAAAUAUCAGGACGGGAUGCAGAGUUGACAGUGAUGAUGGUGAUGAUGAUGAUGGGGGCAGGAGGGGGAAUUGUGUGGCCUCUCUGUCAUGUGCCCUGUUGCACAUGCAGCACCAGCUGGUGUUAGCAGGGCCCUCCAGUCUCCUUAGCCCUCGAUGGUAAACUCCCUGAAAGCAUGGAGUGAGGUCAGGGUGGUGGCUGUGCAGCAGCAGGAACACAGUUUCUCCCUUCUGACUGUAGGAGACCCGACUGUAGCCUGCUAGCUUGUGAAAUAGCUCAAUUUGUUUAAAAUUUGAUCUGUCUGGAGUUAUACAGACUUGAUUUGUUCUGAAGAUCACAGUUUAAGAAUACUGAGAGCAUUCAAAAGCACUGCACAGUCUCUCUUUAUUUAAUUUUUUUUUCCACAAUGCAUGAAACUAGUGAAUCUCAUGUAAGUAAACACUGCAGUGGUGGGGAGCUAAUUGUAUUGUGUAUCACAUUCCUGAAUUUUUAAAAUAAAACCAAUUAUGGAACACUGAUUUUAAGGCAAAAUAAGUUUGUACUUCAGUGUCUAGAAGUUGUCUUCUAGCCUUGUUAAGGCUUCUGAUUAAAUGUGUCAGAGAUGUACCAAACAUCACUGGAUGAAAAAUUUACCCUUGCUAUGUGUCUCAUCCAGGAACAUGCUAUUUUAGAAUCACUUCCUAGAUUAUAUCUACACCUAAGGUGCAGUGCAGAACUAAUUCAGCCGCUCAGUGAGCUAGCCACAGGACCAUCAGUCUUCCUUUUUAGCAGAGUAAAUUGUUUCUGUGGAACCCCUAAUAAUUGUAGCUUAAUUACUUCCAACACCCAGUGUGGGCUUUGGUAAUGUCUGUAGUUACCACAUUGCAGUGGUGCAGUAUUGACAUACACAGAGUUAUAUAAAAGAACCAGCCCCAACUUGUGACUCCCCGAAAGUCAUGGCAGGGGCUCAGUCCUGAAAAUUUCUGUAUUCUUAAAUAGUUUCAUUGGGCUGACGAGUACUUACUUGCACACUAGGAAUUACUUGUGGGAGUGAGUCCAAAGCUUCUGCCAGUGUUAGCCUGGCUUUUAAAGAAAAAAGUACCUAGAUUUUAUGGAUUAAAAUCAGAACUGCUAUGGUGUCUCUAAAUUUGCUGCAGAAACACUGUCAGAUCGGUAUAAUUCCAGGAUUUAUUCCUUUUCCCAUUCUCUAAAAAGAAAGGAAAAAAAGCCUGAGUGUCCUAAGAUGUUAACAAGUUUAGCUAAACUAACGUUGCUGUUAGCUUCUGAAAUCAGGCCAUCUGAAUUUAUUAAACACUGCCUGAUGGAGUUUGGGGAGGAGGAAUAAAGAUUCUUGCCAUUUUCCUGCCCCUGCCCCCUGCUUUGACUGCACUUUCUAAUCUCUUCAGCUAUGGAGAGACCAGGGGGGAUGGAGGGGGUGAAUUUUGUAACUAGAUGUUCCAAGUUCCACAUGGAGGGAAUGGGAAAUACUGCUAACUAUAUUUAAAAGCAUAUAAAUAUGUUCUGACUAUUUUAGUUCCAUAGCAUAGCAUCAGUUACACCCUUUUUAGGUAUGCAUUUGGUUCAGGUCCACAGUAUCUUUGGCUUUUCCUUUCUCUGCUAGACAGAAAGAGGUGGAUGCUCCAUUUGCCUGAGCUGAAGCCAGGGUUGACAAUUUUCCAAAUCAAAUGUAGCUUUGCUGAUAACAGAAGGUCUGAUUAUUCCUUGUGACCUUUGCUUUGUGUGGUUAGCUGCGUGUGAGGUGCAGCACCAUGUUUUAGCAGGCUCACAUUUAUAUUUUGCACUCACCGUGUUGUCCAACUAGUUGAAAAGCAAAACCACAAAGCUGAAAAAUAUCUUUCAUCUGUAUGUCUCCAAAAAGCACAUGGGAUUAAUUUGGCUUCUUUUUUUUUUUCAUGUCCUGGAUCCUAUUUCUGAAUAAUGUUAAAAUAUAAUUGGCAUAGUUUGUUCAUUGAUGAUAUUUCUUUUUGCCUUCUUUUAAAAUAAAGAACAAUGUCAUUUUUUCUUUUUUCCUUUU